GAAUUUCAAAACUACUGGCGGUAGGGAAUCUACCGUCACAUUUUACUGUACAACGCAGUACUGUACUCCAUGAUUAACUGCAAUGGCGCCUCUAAAAUUUGUCAUUAAGUGUGGGAACUUUGCUGUGCUGGUGGAUCUCCACAUCCUGCCCCUGGGCAGCCAAGAGGACGCCAGCUGGUUUACUACAAGACACAUCGAGGAAGUUACGACUCUGAUUCGUGAUGCUGUGGAGCAAAGAGUUAAGCAGUACGCAGACUCCUUUCAAAAAGGAAGACAGCCAAAACACAAAAAGGAGCUAGCACCUGCUUCAGCUUUUAUUGUAAAAGGGAAACAUUUCAACCUAGUGGCCAAUUUUCUGAAGCGCCACAUCAACCUUCGAUGUGUCGUCAAGCAGCACCAUGGUGAGUUGCGUGUGUUUCCUGAGCGCUACGUUGUGUGUAUAAGCCGUCCAGAGGAUGCCGCAGUGCAAUAUACAAAACCAAGCUCAACCACAACAGAGCUGUGCGAACAAAGCAGAUCAGAAUAUUUUUCCAGAGAGGGAGAAAUCCAAGAGUCUUUCAACUGCACCACAAAAAUAAAGAAAACUGUGCUUCAAAAGAUAGCCAAAAAAUCCAAUGUCCAGCAAGAGCACCGGGGUCCCAUUGUGGGCGAGCAGCAAAUUGAGCAGAGAGCCUGUGUUGAAGACCAAAGAGGGAAACGUGGAGAUGAACACUCAGACACAAGCUCAUUAGGUAGUGUCUCUAGUGCUGGAAGGACGGCCCGUAAAAACAUAGAGCAAGAGGUACCGUGCCCCGAUGCUGUGAUUCAGAACCAGGGCCUGACCUUUCAGAGGCAAACUGAUAAUUCUCCUCUAGAGAGCAUCAAGCCAAACAUGCCCUCAGUAGGUGUCUGCCCACAUGAAAUCAGUCCAGGAAGCAGGCGGAGCAAGAGGACUAAACCCAGCGAUUCAGAAGACCCUCGGCCACUGAAGGCCAAGAGGACAAGCCUUGAUGGAACUCCAGCCACAAUGCAAACUCACUCCACUGAGUGCUUCACACAAAUAUCCAAACACGACCCUCUUCCUCUGCCGCCCCUUCCUCUAGACGAAACCAAGGCAGGGUCCGAGGCUUUCCCGGUCUCAGAGUACAAGAAAACCACAGUGGAAGUAGAGCUGCUUACUCCAGGGAAACGGGACCAGAGGCUCCCCCUCACAAGCAAUAACACAACACAGACGAAUCAAAACAGGCUGGCCACAAGUCGAAAGGGCCUAUCUGUCAAGCUUGCAUCCUCGGAAUCCUCUAUGAGUUCCAGAUCCACAGGCGGGGAGGAGGGAAGUAAAAAUGUGCCCAGAACCUCGAGAUUACGACGACUGAAGAGGUCCUGAGGGGGACAGAGGAGCUACAGUGAAAACGCCUGACGCUAUCGAGACAGAAAUGAAAUUGUGUCAGGCCUCAUGAUCCCCCUCACUGCCACCCUCCCUCGCAUUUAUACACACAAAU